AUGCGUGCGAUCUCGUUGCUAAGCACCGGCUACGCCUGGCUAGCUCUGCUGCUUACGCUUUCGGUCACUCUGCCCGCACAGCAUGCCGCAGCCCAAGCACCUUCAGUCAAAGUGCAGCUGCGAGCUUCGUGGUCCAGAUUCAGUCUGCCCAGCCGCGGCUCUCCCUUCCUGCUCGAAUUGCUCGAGGCGGCGCGAUCACAGAGACCAUCCAGCUUCUUCCCCUUGAUCGACGCCCUCACCAGCAGACACUCGCCCGCCGAGCUGCGUGCUGCCUCCGACGAGUUCUUGGCCAAUGCAGUCGAAGACGUCAUCAAGUCGCAUGCGCUCUUCGGUGCAUCCGACACGAUCACCAAGCAGGAGCUCGAUGCUUGGAGGAUGGCGCUGGCGCUUCAAAACAGCGCUCCGAGGGUCGAAGCCUUCGCUCAGCUGUACAAGACGAUGCAGCUCAACGAGAUUUGGCAGACACGCACAUCCGAUAGUCCUUGCGACAGCUGGGUCCACCACCAAGGCCAGGCCCUCUGCUCGGCUCAGGAACUACGCGAGGCAUUCGGCAUCGAUGCAUCCCAGGCUGAGCUGCGUCAGAGUCACGGCGCCGCUUUUGGUCACCACCGAGCCACCUCCAAACCCAACAAAGGAGACCGGCCCUCUGUCAUCUUGUAUGCCGAUCCGUACUCGAACAACUUCCGAGAGCUCUUCUCCACGCUCGAAGAGUAUGCGAGCCAUUCUGCGGUCCCAUUCACAUACACUCUCCGCUGGAGACCCGCGCUGGACGUCGCAGGCACUCCGUCACAGGAUGAGGCUGCACCCGUGCUCGCCGGUUACGGAGCCAUCUUGGAUCUCAAAAAGGUCGACUACCUCGUUAUCGACGACCGCAAACUCAAGGACGAUAGCGAAGUGGGCGACGUCGGCUCGUCAAUGGACUCGCACGGCGAGGAAGAAGUUGCCGCCAGGAAUGCUUCGGACAACCUGCGCUGGCUGCAGGAGCAAAUCGGCGCGGACACAGAGACAGAGCAGAACCUCGGACUCUCUUCGCUCUCUGAAGACCAGAUCGCUGACCUCGGCAUCAAGGCCGCCAGACUCAUCAUGUCUUCUUCAGAUCCGCUGCGGGCCAUGAAGGAGCUCUCCCAAAACUUUCCUACGCACGCAGCAGCUCUGGCCAGCUCGACAAAGUGGGAUGAAGACGACGCUUCUGCCUCUCUCGUCGAAGCUGUGCUCGGCCUGAGCAGCAUGCGCAUCCAGCCGGGCUCCUCCGAGCUUUGGCUCAACGGACAAAACACAAAUGCGAGAGACUUCAUGCCUCUUGCGCUGCUAGACAUCCUGCGUAGCGAACGCCGAUGGUCUCGUGCCCUCCAACAUGGCCUCGCAGGCGGCGGUCUCAAUGUGACCGAAGCCGCCGACCUGAUUUCGUCCAGUUUAGUAGGUCGUGCCUUCCUAGCGCAGUCGGAAGGCAGCUCUGCCGCGGCCACCUUCGAUGCGAGCGACCGGAUCGAGCUCAAGACCGCACCAGAAGGGUCCUCGACAGGCGCCAUCACAUGGCUCAACGAUUUGGAAAAGGACGAGGCAACAAGCGAGUGGUCAGAUGAUCUCAUGGACUUGCUCCGCCCAAUGUGGCCCGGCAAGUUCCCGCGCCUCUCCCGCAACCUCUUCAAUGUCGUGCUCGUCCUCGAUCUGAGCCAGAAAGACAGUUGUCGAUUCCUCGUCGAGACGGCCAUCCAGAGCCUUGGCCGUGUCGGUCUGCACUGGGGCUUGGUGCCAGGCGGUCUCGAAGACGAUGCCAACACCGACUCGAUCCGCAUGGCGCGUUUGUUCUGGUUCGUGCUCCAAGAAGCAGGUCCGCAGCUUCUUUCCGACGUGCUUCGAAAAGCGUCCGCAAGCAAGAGUGGAUCCGCAGACAAAAUCGAUGUCUCGGUGGCUGUCAAGGAAGCCAAGUUUGUGCUCAAGAGCCUCGAUGCGGACGGGUCGCUGGCAACACGCUUUGACGCGGUGCUCUCCGGCGAUGGCUCGAACUACACCCAGAGAGAAGCGCUCACCAAGGCAUACAUCAAGCGACUCCGAGCUACGCGCGCAGAGAGCUCCACAGGCCACGUCUUUGUCAACGGCCAGCACCACCCAUUCCAUCCGCAGAUCGUCCACAUUCUCCACCAGGCGAUUCAGGAGCAGAUCCAGGUGCUUGCGCCCCAGAUCUACUAUGGACAGAUCAGCAGCAGCACGCCGGGGCUUGAUACGCUAUUCUACGAUGCUGUCGGCGCCCUUUCCUAUCGCUCGGCACUGGUUCCUGGAUCAAGCUCCGGACCCCGUGCUGAGAAAGACAGCGCUGCUGAUGCGAAGCACGAGUCCGUGGAUCUGUUCUCGGCGCUCCUCGACGACACUGUCCCUUCCGCAGCGGCGACACAAGCAUUCCAGUUCUUCUAUCCGCAGGCAAUCGCCGCAGACAGCCGGACUGGCGAAGCAACUGGUGCGCUUCUCAAUUCCACCGUCUGGAUGCUGGCGGAUCUUGACUCGCACCAAGGCUCGACAUUGCUGUUGCGAGCAUUCGAGGCGCUCGGUCGAGACAAGGCGCCGUUCAGACUCGGAGUCUUGCAUACGCCGACGGAAUCGUUGCAGAAGGCGAGCAACGAACAUCUGCUGUCAACUCUGCUGUAUCGCUUGAUCGAAGAGCAGCGCUUGGAUCAACUUGAGGCGGCCACGAUGGUAGGGGCGAUCAAGCACUUGCAGCAGCUGCAGGAGCAAGAGAUUCCGAUCAGGGGAAUGGGCGAGCUACUGGACAUUGUCGGUCUAUCCCCCUCAGAUGCGCAAGGCCACGAAGAACGAUACGACUUGGCCGCGAAUCAAAGAGCAGCUCGGCGAUUCUGGGACAGCACUGGAUCCAUCAUCGCCUCCAAAUACGGGCUGUCGAGUGCAGCGAUUCUCGUCGACGGACACCUGGUUUCCAACUUUGACGUCGAGUCCAUCGAGGCUCGGGAUGUGACGGCUCUCGUUGACUACGAGGCCGGCCAGAAGCUGCCGUAUAUCGAGCAGGCCCUCAAGCUGCUACGAGAGAAUAUCGACGAGAUGAACCCGCGGGAACGUCAGGACCUCAUGUUUGCCGCCGUGUCGGUGAUGAACGGCGUCUACGAGGAGAGUCGCGCGGGGCAAGGCAUCUUCUCGGCAAAGGGUCACUCUCGCUCGGGCUUGCCUGAACAGCUAGGAACCCAGGAUCACGUCUUUGAAGUCGGGGAGCGUGCGACCUCGGACAUCCGGAUCACGCUGCUCGUCAACCCGCUCUCAGAGUCUGCCCAGCGCUGGUCGAGCAUCUUGGAGAUGCUCAGCAAGCUGCACGGCGUGUACGUGCGCGUAAUCCUCAAUCCGGACAUUAAGCUGCGCGAGCUGCCGCUCAAGCGGUUCUAUCGCUUCAGUGCUCCGCAUCGACCUCAGUUUGGUCCGGAUGCCCGCGCGACAGCAGCUGAGCUGCGCUUUUUCGACAUGCCGGAAGAGGCAGUGCUGACGCUCGGGCUCGAUGCGCCUGCGCCCUGGCUGACCAUGCCGGUGGAGGCGGUGUACGAUCUAGACAACAUCCGCCUCGCCGACGUGCCUUCCACCUCUCGAGCCAAAGGCGUCAAGGCGGUGUAUGAGCUCAAGCACAUUCUCAUCGAAGGCCAUGCGCGCGAGGAGAGUGCGGGCACGGCGACGUCGGUGCCGCGAGGACUGCAGCUGCUCCUCGAGACGCCCGACGCCAGCACGAGCCUCGACACGAUCGUCAUGGCGAAUCUGGCGUACUUCCAGUUCAAAGCGCAGCCGGGCCUGUGGAAGCUGCGCAUCCGACCAGGUCGUAGCGACGAGCUGUACCAGAUGCAGAGUGUGGGUGGCAAUGGCUGGAACAGUGCCUCGGUUGAUGUGACGGGCGAGGAUGUGACGCUCGACACCUUGUCGGGUCUGACGAUCUAUCCGCGCGUCGCGAAACGUGCCGGCAAGCAGCGCGAAGAGCUUCUCGAGGAGCUCGAUGCACAGGGACGCCCGAUGAAGAAGGUGCGCUUCGAUGGGGAAGGCUCCGAAGAAGGCAUUGCAGCGUCAGCAAGUGCGCUGCUUUCCUCCGCCAAGCACAAGGUCGCUUCGUGGGCAAGCAAGGUUUCCAACACCAACAGCAAAGAUUUGGCGACACGCAAGCACGCGGACAUCAACAUCUUUACGGUUGCCAGUGGACAUCUGUACGAGCGCAUGACGUACAUCAUGAUCCUGUCGGUAUUGAAGCAUACAUCGAGCAGCGUCAAGUUCUGGUUCAUCGAGAACUUCCUCUCGCCCUCGUUCAAAGAGUUUAUCCCGCAUCUGGCUCGGGAGUAUGGAUUUGAGUACGAGCUGGUGACGUAUGCGUGGCCGCACUGGCUGCGAGCGCAGCGCGAGAAGCAACGCACCAUCUGGGGCUACAAGAUCCUCUUCCUCGACACACUCUUCCCGCUCGACCUAUCGAAGGUGAUCUUUGUCGAUGCGGAUCAAGUAGUCCGUACCGACAUGAAGGAGCUUGUUGAUCUGGAUCUUCAGGGCCACGUGUAUGGCUACCCACCUAUGGGUGAUGAUUCGGAAGACAUGGAUGGAUUUCGAUUCUGGAAACAGGGGUACUGGAAAGACUACCUUCGCGGACGACCUUACCACAUCUCGGCGCUGUAUGUGGUGGACUUGAAUCGGUUCCGGUUGUUUGCAGCGGGUGAUCGAUUGCGUGGACAGUAUCAGGCUCUAUCGGCCGAUCCGAAUUCGCUCAGUAACCUCGACCAGGAUUUGCCCAACAACAUGCAGGCCAGUCUGCCCAUCUUUACGCUCGACAAGGAGUGGCUGUGGUGCGAAACGUGGUGCUCAAACGACUGGCUCCACCGCGCCAAAACCAUCGACCUCUGCUCGAAUCCAAAGACCAAAGAGCCCAAACUCGACCGUGCAAAACGACAGAUCCCAGAGUGGAACGUUUACGACCAGGAAGUCGCCGCUCUGGCUCAGCGACUGGUGGACCAACGCAUCGUGGGUGCCAGCGUCGUUGCCCCCGACAGCCAGCGCAAAGCGCAGACCUUCAAUCUCAGUGUGCAAAUCCGGAUCAAAAGCAUGACGCUCGCUCAGAGCAGUGCCAACAGUCUCGCGCCGUCGGGAUGA